CACGAGAAGGAUCUGGCGUAACCCGGGAGAAGGAUAUACGCAGCACGCGACCGACCAAAAUCCGUCUCUCCAUCACUUCCCUUCCUCCCGUUCCUCCCAACCGAAACGUAAUUAAAACAAUCGAUCGAAGAAAGCAGAGACAAGAAGAAGAAAGGGAAGAUGCCGAAGAAGAUGGGGGUAAACUCGAAGGCGGAGGCGGCCCGCGCCCGGCGCGGCGCGGCGGAGGCGGAACGCAAGGAGCGCGAGACCCACGAGAAGGAGGAGCAGUACUGGCGCGCCGCCGAGGGCCCCAAGUCCCGCGCCGCCAAGAAGCGUGAGGACGAGGCCGAGAAGCGCGCGGAGGCCGCCACCCGCAAGGCGGAGAACCGCAAGAUCGCCGAGAUCGAGCAGCAAGAACUGGAGAAAUCCGGCCGCAAGCCCGACCGCAAGGCCAGCCGCGUCUCCAUCCCCGUCCCCAAGGUCACCGAGGUCGAGCUCGAGCGCCGCCGUGAGGAGGAGCGCCAGCGCAUCCUCCGGAACGCCGAGGCCGCCAAGAAACGCGAGACCCGCACCGCCGAUGAGGAGGAGUACGAGCGGUUGAUCCUCGUCGCCAACACCAACCGCGACGACUCCGUCAUCGAGGCCCACUCCGUCGAGGACGCCAUCGCUCGCAUGGCCAUCACCGAGCCCUCGCUCCCCCCCGAUCGCCACCCUGAGAGGAGGCUCAAGGCCUCUUUCAAGGCUUUUGAAGAAGCAGAGCUUGCCAAACUGAAGGAAGAAAAACCAGGUCUGACCCUCAACCAAUACAAGGAUAUGAUAUGGAAGCUAUGGAAGAAAUCUCCAGACAAUCCCCUCAACCAGGUUGCUGAGUGAUCAUGAAGGAUCCCUUGUUCAAUAAUUGCGGGAAAGAUUUUCUCCAGCUUCCUGUUUUGCUGCUAUAAUCUCAUGAGCCAUAUUUAGUGUAUUCAUGAUAUUCAGCUGAUUGGACCAAUACAAUGAUGUAUUUCUGCUGCUUGUCUGGAUCAGUUGAGGGAGAUGCUUUUACUUUCCAGUGGUAUCUCUUCAUAAGACAUGUGUAGGCUGAAAAACACCAUUCUCGGGUAUCUUCGCUCAUAAUAAGCAGUUGCAAGUGGUGUAUCAUGUUAGGAGAGUACAACAGAGCUGGAAGUAAUAAGAGAUCUUACUGACUUAGUUUUUCGUUGUCUUGGUUGAGAAACCUGUUAAACUAUAUCCUUCUGUAUGCAUUGGGAAUCAAAAUGUUGGUGCCAUCUCUGAAACAUAUUUCGAGAUAUGCAAGCUAUUGGCUGUAUGUUAUAAAUUAUUGUGAUUGCAGAAGAUGUGAUUAUUUGCUGAAUGGACGAGAUGAACUUGCUUUUAAGGUUUAUUUGGCACAAGUUAUCUAUUUUUUUUUCCUCAA